CAAGUUAGGCGAAGGAAAGAUGGCGGAGGCUUCGCCAAGGGACCCGGAAGCACUUACCCUCCACUUCCUCCUCCUGUUUGGCUUCUGUCUCACCUAGAGCCGUCCGGUCGCAGACCGCCUCCGAGACGCUUCCUGUCCGUAACAGAAUCACCAUGAUUCUUCAGAGGCUCUUCAGGUUCUCCUCUCUCAUUCGGUCUGCAGUCUCAGUUCAUUUGAGGAGGAACAUUGGUGUUACAGCAGUGGCAUUUAAUAAGGAACUUGAUCCUGUACAGAAACUCUUCGUGGACAAGAUUAGAGAAUACAGAACUAAGCGACAGGCAUCUGGUGGACCCGUUGAUACUGGCCCAGAGUACCAGCAAGACCUGGAGAGGGAGCUUUUUAAGCUUAAGCAAAUGUAUGGUAAAGCAGACAUGAAUACAUUCCCGGACUUCAAAUUUGAAGAUCCUAAGUUUGAAGUCAUCGAAAAACCCCAGUCCUGAAGAAAUAAUGUAAAAUUUAUUUGGUAAUUUGUUCCUAGAUUAGUUGUACAACUGGUCAGAAUAAACAUACAUUUCUCAACUGUCAAAUGUUCUUUUAAUUCUGAUUCCAAAUAAAUUAUUUGGUGAUGUUGGGUGUGCA